GGAGCUGCGAAACCCUAAAAAAUGCUAACAAGUGAAAUCUAGCUCACUGUCACUGCCACGGCGCAAUUCCCUCUGCAGACUUCGCGCCAAGACUCAUCGCAGUUUGGGUUCGCUAGCCGCAGUUGGAUUCUUUCUCGCACCGGAGACGAUAAAGAGCCUUUCGUCUGGUAAUAGUCCUUUUAUACAUCUUCUUAGAGUUCCCCAGAACUGAAAUUCUCUGUAGCUAUGAACUACGAGUUAGGGAAAGCGAGAAAAAGGCGCCGAGGGGCUAUGAACCACAGCAGAACUUGCUGCGAGUUGGGGAAAGCUAGGAGAUGGCGCCGAGGGGCUAUGAACCACAACAGAACUGGCUGGGAGUUGGGGAAAGCUUGGAAAAGGCUACAUGAAGAAGAAGAAGAAGAAGAGACUAGUACUGGUAGUACAACUGACAGGAUAAGCAAUCUUCCAGAACCCAUUAUUUGUCACAUCCUUUCGUUUCUCGACAUCCAGUCUGCCGUGCAAACCUGCGUAUUGUCGCGAGCAUGGAGAUCUGCUUGGAAACAUGUCCCUGUUCUCGAUCUCCGUAGCGAAUCCUUCCGAGAGUAUCCGAGUUUUCAGCGGUUCGUGGAUAGAAUUUUGUCACUCCGCUAUCCCGUUAGUGUCCAGAAGAUGACCUACAUCGCCCAUGGAAAUCGGACGGAGCAAGACAAUAGUCAAUUUGGCAGGGUUGUUGAAUAUGCCUUGCACCAUGAUACUCAACAUUUGGCAUUCUACGUGGGUGAUGGAAUUGGUUACGGUAUCGGUUGCAGAUUCUCGAAUUUGUUCGGCUCGAUGUCGAAUUGCAAUCUCAGGACUCUUGAGCUGUGUUGGGUCACCAUCGAUGGCAGAUUUUGGUCUUUUGGGUUUCCGAGGCUGAACACUUUGGUGUUGGAUUGGUGCCCGCUGUCUUUUGAGCAGGAGGACCUCGAUCCAUUUUCCAACUUCCCGUGUCUCCAGAGUUUGUCUUUGACUAGUUGCCACCCCAAGAAGGUUCCGCGUCACAUGCGUGAAAGGAGUUUCAAGAUUUCCGGGCUCGAAUUGGUCAGCCUGAGGCUCGAAAGUACGGAGUUUCACAAGGUUGAGAUAGUUGCACCAAAACUCAAGUCGCUGUAUCUUAGGGGAGGUGUGGAGCAAUGCUCAGUGUUCUCAGAGCUAACUCUUCCUUCCCUCGUUCAUGCUGAUGUUCUUGUCUAUCCGGCUUCCAUUUUCAACCAUGAGAGAUUUGUGGAGCGACAUUUGUUCUCCUUGUUCCAAGCUUUGGGUAAUGCAAACUCUCUGACGCUGGGUUCUAAUACCAUCAAGGUGCUGAGUGGUUUGGAGGAUGAGCUUCUGGAACAACUACCCUCUCCCUUUACGAGAUUGAAGCUUCUGAAUGUGCAGUCAAGCAGCAUACCUUACAGAGUGGCUGAUUACUUUCUCAAAGGAUCUUGUGCAGAACCAAAAGUUGAUGCUGUGUAGAUGUAGUAGUCAAUUUUCCCUUUGCCUUUCUUUUUUUGGACGGUCUUUCGUUACGUUCAGGGCGUCUAGGAAGAAUUCUUACCUCUAGGGAACUGGGUUGCUAUUCCUUUUAUCAGGUUCUUCUGAAUCACAUUGAUGCAUAUAUCCUCUUCACUCUGUCCUUAAGUAUCAAUUGACUUGGGUAGAUUACUAUACAUGUCUCAUGGUUUGUUUCUUAUCUUCAUGUGUGCUAAAAGAUGGAAUCGUACUUUGUUCACAUUCAGGCCUUACCUAGUACCAAUGGGGGAACAGAGUCAAACCAAUGGGGGAAAGUCAACUAGCAAGUCCAAACAGAACAAUCAAGAUAAAAUUUCUACGGUUUACUGUUCCAUCAGGAUUUGAAACAGCCUGAGAUUUGAAACAACCUCAUAUAACUACUUUUUCUGUACAUUCUGGGUGUUAAUGUUAUGGUAUAUGAUCCACGAUUGAACCUCUUCCAACAACUCGAGUUAUUGGGAUCAACUGGUUCUUGACAUGGUAUCAGAGCCUUCUGUGACCGAGAGGUCUUGUGUUCGAUUCCCGGUGACCCCCAUUUGUUAAGCACAUGAUAUUCUUGUCUUCAGACCUGUGCAAACUUCAAGCCCUUGUGAGUGGCUUUCGUUUGAGUGGCUUUCGUUUGAGACACUGGGGACUGUGCACAAGUUCCUACCUAAGAAAGGCCAUUUCUGGGCAUGAAAACUCCUACUUCAGCAAUCUCAUUAACAAGAUCAACAGUUUUUGACCAAUGUGAUCUUCCAACCCAGAGCCUGGGUUUGUCGACCGUUGGAGCAAUACAAACCAGUCAACCACACCCCAGAAACCGCCCAGGAAACCCAGAGCAACGCUGCCAGAGAACCAAUGCAAUGCAUACUCUUCAUCAUUUUCUUCUCCAUCCAUUAAACCAGGCACUCUGUUGUUGCUGCUGCUGCAGUCCACCUUCAAUCGAGGCCCACAAAGUUCUCGAUUGCCGAUGAAGCUCCAUGAAUCAAAGCUCUGCAGUUGAUUGCUUGAAGGAAUUAUACCACCCAAGUUGUUGUGCAACAAGUUCAAUGAAGAAUCCUUCUGAUUUCCCAAUAGAAGAAGUCAAAUUCUUGCCUUUAGCUAGGAGCAAAAAUAUCCAACUGCUGGCCACCGUCCCUUAAUCAUAAGAUAAAACUGUCAUUUUGUCUGCUUAAGUUCGGCUAUUGCAUAAUAAAUCCGCAGGUAUGAGAUCAUGAGAAUGGAGCUUACCUUAUCAAUAUAUGAGUCCGAAAUAAAAUGAGUCAAAUUCUUGUUUUUUAAGCUAUGGGAAAAGCAUCUCAGCUGCUGCCCACCGUUAAGCAUCGAUUUGGGCCAAUUUAUUUUCGGAUGACAUUUUCGUAAUUUCUUGGGCGACGAAAGGCUAUUUUCUUCGGAUAUUGAAGGCUACAGAUCACUGAUUCGGCUUGAGGCUAUUAUCCAACAAUGAUUGAGUCCAUUAAGCACCGAUUUGGGCGGAUUUAUUCCGGGUCAAUUUUUGGCAGAUUCCAAAGGGGUACCAUCACAGAUUUCAGGCGAUUUAUCUGAAAUGCCAUUUUCUUUCGAUUCUGGAGGCUACAGAUCACGGAAUCAGGCCGAGGCUAUUCUCCACCGAUAAUGAAGUCUAUUGAUUCUAUUCUCCACGGAUGAUAAGUCCGUUAAGCAUCGAUUUGGGCCAAUUUAUUUUUGGAUGAUAUUUUCUUAAUUUCUUGGUCGACGAAAGGCCAUUUUCAUUGGAUAUUGAAGGCUACAGAUUGCUGAUUCGGCAUGAGGCUAUUCUCAAACGAUGAUUGAGUUCAUUAAGCAUCGAUUUGGGCGGAUUUAUUCCGGGUCAAUUUUUGGCAGAUUCCAAAGGGGUACCAUCACAGAUUUCGGGCUUUUUAUCCGAAAUGCCAUUUUCUUUCGAUUCUGGAGGCUACAGAUCACGGAAUCAGGCCGAGGCUAUUCUCCACCGAUAACGAAGUCUAUUGAUCCUAUUCUCCACGGAUGGUAAGUCCGUUAAGCAUCGAUUUGGGCCAAUUUAUUUUCGGAUGACAUUUUCGCAAUUUCUUGGGCGACGAAAGGUCAUUUUCUUUGGAUAAUGAAGGCUACAGAUCACUGAUUCGGCCUGAGGCUAUUCUCCAACGAUGAUUGAGUCCAUUACGCAGCGAUUUGGGCAGAUUUAUUCCAGGGUCAAUUUUUGGCAGAUUCCAAAGGCAUCACAAAUUUCGGGCGAUUUAUCCGAAAUGCCAUUUUCUUUCGAUUCUGGAGGCUACAGAUCACGGAAUCAGGCCGAGGCUAUUCUCCACCGAUAAUGAAGUCUAUUGAUCCUAUACUCCACGGAUGAUAAGUCCGUUAGGCAUCGAUUUGGGCCAAUUUAUUUUUCGGAUGGCAUUUUCAUAAUUUCUUGGGCGACGAAAGGCCAUUUUCUUUGGAUAUUGAAGGCUACAGAUCACUGAUAAGGCCUGAGGUUAUUCUCCAAUGAUGAUUGAGUCUAUUAAGCAUCGAUUUGGGCGGAUUUAUUCCGGGUCAAAUUUUGGCAGAUUCCAAAGGGGUACCAUCAUAGAUUUCAGGCGAUUUAUCCGAAAUGCCAUUUUCUUUCGAUUCUGGAGGCUACAGAUCACGGAAUCAGGCCGAGGCUAUUCUCCACCGAUAAUGAAGUCUACUGAUCCUAUUCUCCACGGAUGAUAAGUCCGUUAGGCAUCGAUUUGGGCCAAUUUAUUUUUCGAAUGGCAUUUUCGUAAUUUCUUGGGCGACGAAAGGCCAUUUUCUUUGGAUAUUGAAGGCUACAGAUCACUGAUUCGGCAUGAGGCUAUUCUCCAACGAUGAUUGAGUCCAUUAAGCACCGAUUUGGGCGGAUUUAGUCCGGAUCAAUUUUUGGCAGAUUCCAAAGGGGUACCAUCACAGAUUUCGGGCGAUUUAUCUGAAAUGCCAUUUUCUUUCGAUUCUGAGCUACAGAUCACGGAAUCAGGCCAAUGCUAUUCUCCACCGAUAAUGAAGUCUAUUUAUUCUAUUCUCCACGGAUGAUAAGUCCGUUAAGAAUCGAUUUGGGCCAAUUUAUUUUUCGGAUGACAGUUUCGUAAUUUCUUGGGCGACGAAAGGCCAUUUUCUUUGGAUAUUGAAGGCUACAGAACACUGAUUUGGCCUGAGGCUAUUCUCAAAUGAUGAUUGAGUCCAUUAAGCAUUGAUUUGGCAGAUUUAUUCCGGGUCAAUUUUUGGCAGAUUCCAAAGGGGUACCAUCACAGAUUUCGGGCUUUUUAUCCGAAAUGCCAUUUUCUUUCGAUUCUAGAGGCUACAGAUCACGGAAUCAGGCCGAGGCUAUUCUCCAUGGAUAAUGAAGUCUAUUGAUCCUAUUCUCCACGGAUGGUAAGUCCGUUAAGCAUCGAUUUGGGCCAAUUUAUUUUCAGAUGCCAUUUUCGCAAUUUCUUGGGCGACGAAAGGCCAUUUUCUUUGGAUAUUGAAGGCUACAGAUCACUGAUUCGGCCUGAGGCUAUCCACCCGAAUCCGUAACCGUGGAUAUCCACCCGAAUCCCACCUAAUCGGUUGGGUAAAACCCGAACCCGAAGCAUUUUUCGUGGGUACGGGUAAAACCCGAACCCGAAUGUUGCGGGUAAUGGGUGGGCAUGGUUAUCUCACUAUCCAACCCGAACCCGCCCAAUUAUACAUAUGCAUAUGUAUUUUGUCUAGAAAUAAUCAUUAUUUUUCUCUAGAAUAUUUUAUAUUUAGCAUAUAAAUAUAAUAUAUUCAUGAAAUUAUGUUGUUUUAAUUAAUUUUCGUCAUUCUAGUGAAUUAUUGUCGUACUUUUCCUCUUACGUAAUGUGAGUAUACGUGUGAAUGUUAACAUAUUGGUUGGAAUUAUAAAAGAAAUUAUUACCCAUGGAUAACCGUGCAUACCCGAAACCCGAACGGGUAUGGGCAUGGUUUUGAUUUUCUACCCGUUUCUUGUAUGGGUACGGGUAUGGGUUAAACUCGAACUACAUUGGGUAAGGUAACGGAUAUGCACUAUCCGCACCCGACCCAACCCAUUGCCAUCCCUAGAUGAUUGAGUCCAUUAAGCAGCGAUUUGGGCGGAUUUAUUCCGGGUCAAUUUUUUGCAGAUUCCAAAGGGGUACCAUCACAGAUUUCGGGCGAUUUAUCCGAAAUGCCAUUUUCUUUCGAUUCUGGAGGCUACAGAUCACGGAAUCAGGCCGAGGCUAUUCUCCACCGAUAAUGAAGUCUAUUGAUCAUAUAGUCCACGGAUGAUAAGUCCGUUAGGCAUGGAUUUGGGACAAUUUAUUUUUCGGAUGGCAUUUUCGUAAUUUCUUGGGCGACGAAAGGCCAUUUUCUUUGGAUAUUAAAGCUACAGAUCAGUGAUUCAGCCUCAGGCUAUUCUCUAAUGAUGAUUGAGUCUAUUAAGCAUCGAUUUGGGCGGAUUUAUUCCGGGUCAAAUUUUGGCAGAUUCCAAAGGGGUACCAUCACAGAUUUCGGGCGAUUUAUCCGAAAUACCAUUUUCUUUCGAUUCUGGAGGCUACAGAUCACGGAAUCAGGCCGAGGCUAUUCUCCACCGAUAAUAAAGUCUAUUGAUCCUAUUCUCCACGGAUGAUAAGUCCGUUAAGCAUCGAUUUGGGCCAAUUUAUUUUCGGAUGACAUUUUCGCAAUUUCUUGGGCGACGAAAGGCCAUUUUCUUUGGAUAUUGAAGGCUACAGAUCACUGAUUCGGCCUGAGGCUAUUCUCCAACGAUGAUUGAGUCCAUUAAGCACUGAUUUGGGCGAAUUUAUUCCGGGUCAAUUUUUGGGAGAUUCCAAAGGGGUACCAUCACAGAUUUCGGGCGAUUUAUCCGUAAUGCCAUUUUCUUUCGAUUCUGGAGGCUAAAGAUCAGGGAAUCAGGGCAAGGCUAUUUCCACCGAUAAUGAAGUCUAUUGAUUCUAUUCUCCACGGAUGAUAAGUCCGUUAAGCAUCGAUUUGGGGCAAUUUAUUUUCGGAUGGCAUUUUUGUAAUUUCUUGGGGGAGGAAAUGGCAUUUUCUUUGGAUAUUGAAGGCUACAGAUCACUGAUUCGGCUUGAGGCUAUUCUCCAACAAUGAUUUAGUCCAUUAAGCACCGAUUUGGGCGGAUUUAUUCCGCGUCAAUUUUUGGCAGAUUCCAAAGGGGUACCAUCACUGAUUUCAGGCGAUUUAUCCGAAAUGCCAUUUUCUUUCGAUUCAGGAGGCUACAGAUCACGGAAUCAGGCCGAGGAUAUUCUCCACCAAUUAUGAAGUCUAUUGAUUCUAUUCUCCACGGAUGAUAAGUCUGUUAAGCAUCGGUUAGGGCCAAUUUAUUUUUGGAUGACAUUUUUGUAAUUUCUUGUGCGACGAAAGGCCAUUUUCUUUAAUUAUUGAAGGCUACAGAUCACUGAUUCUGCCUGAGGCUAUUCUCAAUGAUGAUUGAGUCCAUUAAGCUCCGAUUUGGGCGGAUUUAUUCCGGGUCAAUUUUGGACAGAUUCCAAAGGGGCACCAUCACAGAUUUUGGGCGAUUUAUCCGAAAUGCCAUUAUAUUUCGAUUCUGGAGGCUACAGAUCACGGAAUCAGUCCGAGGCUGUUCUCCACCGAUAAUAAAGUCUAUUGAUCCUA